AAGAUUUCUCUGAAAAUUUCUUCAAUGUCAAAGAACCCUCUGGUUACUUUGGUCAAGUGGACACUAGAGAAAUGACUGGAAGAUUAAUGGGAAAAUUUAUAUGGAGUAAUAUUUUCACUUAUUUAAUGAAGAAGGCAGCCAAGAGUUAUUUUCAUAAAAUUGACUUGGACCAUAGUUUGAUUAGAUGGGAAAGUCAACUCUAG